AUGAGACUUCUCCAUGCAGCACGAAAGAGACCUCUUCACGUUCUGUGUCGUCAGAGUGUGACCCAAUCACUAUCGUCCCAUUCUAGAUAUCUGAAUGAAAAAUCCAAUCUUCACCACCACAACGCAAGAUCUCCACAACAUUCAUUCCAACGAAACCUUUCGAGUCAACGAUCUUCUAUACCAGAGAAAGAAACUUUUGAGGAAUAUGAUACAAAUGAUUUCCUCGCAGAUGGGAACAUGACCUCCAUGUCGCCCAAUCCAUGGAAAAACUUGCUGACAAAUCCUGCCCGAGCUGCUUGGAGAGUGACAAAUCCACAGCUGCCUUCCAAUAUAUCUGAAGCGUUUGGACAAGUCCUUGAGAAAGGUGGUCGGACACCACGACAAUUGAAACGAUCUCAUCGAAGUGUGCUGGAAACCCACAAGACGCUAGCAGAAUUUCGAGAACGAGAGCGAAGAAAGAUGGUCAAUGGCAAACACUAUCGUUCUUCCAACAGCACAGACGAAAAAUCAAACAUUCCCGUCUACUAUGGCCACGAUGAAACAUUGGCUACGUUGAAGCAUCGCAUGAUGCCAACCUAUGCCGUGACGAGGCGGGUUCUGAACGAAUGUCAGUCAUUAUUGGGUAAGGAAAACUGGCAGCCCCAACGAGUCCUCGAUUUUGGAAUUGGCUGUGGUAGUUCAUCAGUGGCGGCCUUGGAUCUCUUUGAUUCUAUUGAUUGGAUUCAUGGCAUUGAACCAUCCAAGGCCAUGAGAGAUUGUUCCCAAGCUAUUGUGGAGGGCGUCACAAAAGACAGAUCUAUUCCAACACGAGUGACCUUUUCCACAACAUUACCAAAUGAUGAAUCUUCGGCCACGACAGGAGGAUCCUUUGAUUUGGCUCUGUGUUGCUACACUGCCAUGGAAUUGCCGGAUGUCAUGUCCACUUUAGCAGCCGCUGCUCUCAUGUUUGAAAAACUCAAGCCGGGUGGUGUCUUUGUCAUGAUUGAGCCUGGAACUCCAGAUGGUUUCAAUUCCAUACGAUCCGUGAGGAAUAUGCUUUUGGAUUGUUGCCCUCCAGACGACGAUGAAUUUGAAUGGGAAGAACGAUGUCACAUUAUUGCGCCAUGCACUCAUAACGGAAGUUGCCCUAUGGAACGGCACAAAAAGGAUUUUGUCAAGAAAGGAAAGCUGGCCCAUGAUCUUCCGCAGGAUUUGGAAAAUUCAGAGUCAGUCAAAAGUUCAAUGCCUAUGGACGAGCCUGAUGAAGAAGAUGACUUCGAUACAUUGAUCGAUGGCAGCUCUACUUUUGAAACUGAGGCGUUCGAUUCGUCAUUCUGCAGUUUUGUUCAAAUGAUACCAGGCAGUCGAAACGGAGAAAAGUUCUCCUAUCUUGUAGCCCAAAAAAGACUGUUCAAUGAUGAAAAUGCUGACAUGUAUGGACCAUUCCAAUCAGAUAAUUUAUCAGAGCUACUCAUGUUUGCACAGAGGGCGGCCGUGGAGAAAGACGAAACUGCUGCCAUCCAAGCCUUUGACCGAGCACAAGAACUCGAAGAUAGGUACUUGGAUUCUGAUGCUGACGAUCUUGGCUUGGAAUUGUUGCGAGGGGACAAUCAGCGCUACCAGAUGGGUCGGAUCAUUCGGGCACCCAUCAAGAAGAAAGGUCACAUUUACAUUGACUAUUGCGCCGAUCCUGGAAGAAUCAUUCGACACCGCGUAACCAAAGCGGUAUCGAAUAAUGUGGCUCCAGGUAUGUUCUCUGCUGCCAGAAAGAGUAGAUGGGGAGGACUGUGGCCUAACACUAAUCCAAAGCAAGCAGAUACCUAG